ACAUGCCAAAUGUGCUCCAUCUCAUCUCCAAAGGUAAAUGUCCCAGCUGUCUUUCCUCCAGGUCACCUGACAAAUGUCACUGCAUAUAUAGAUGUGAAGCCAAACCAUGCAUGCAUGCUAAGCGUGCCAAUGCCCACGAGAUUUGUCCUUCCUCUUCUAGCGCAGCCAUUUCCAGAGCCGGACACUCCUGUGCCGCGUUUUCGCCGAGGCUGACAGGUGGGCCCCACCGCUCCGAAAGGAGGCGUUACUACUGGGGUUUAAUGGCGCCAGCAGAGGAGGAGAGGAGAUUAGGAUUCAGAGAUGAGUCGCUUUUGUACUAUAUGACGAUCUCGUCGUGAUCAUCUCGAUCCAACCUUGCUUGCCGCUGUUGCUACAGAUUGUUCUUUGUGUUUUUUUUUCCUCUCCUUUUCUUGAGGAAUUUGAGAUCUCCAGGUAGCCAUGGCGCAUGUCCUUGUCGUGCCGUAUCCUAGCCAGGGGCACAUGAACCCGAUGGUGCAGUUCGCGAGGAAGCUGGCGUCCAAGGGCGUGGCGGUGACCGUGGUCACCACCCGCUUCAUCGAGCGGACGACGUCGUCGUCCGCCGGCGGCGGGGGCCUCGACGCCUGCCCGGGGGUGCGGGUGGAGGUCAUCUCCGACGGCCACGACGAGGGCGGCGUCGCGUCGGCGGCGAGCCUGGAGGAGUACCUCGCCACGCUCGACGCCGCCGGGGCCGCGUCGCUCGCCGGGCUCGUCGCCGCCGAGGCGCGCGGCGCCGGCGCGGACCGCCUCCCCUUCACGUGCGUGGUGUACGACACGUUCGCGCCGUGGGCGGGGCGCGUGGCGCGCGGCCUCGGCCUGCCGGCCGUGGCGUUCUCCACGCAGUCGUGCGCCGUCAGCGCUGUGUACCACUACGUCCACGAGGGGAAGCUCGCCGUGCCGGCGCCGGAGCAGGAGCCGGCGACCAGCAGGAGCGCCGCGUUCGCCGGGCUGCCGGAGAUGGAGAGGCGCGAGCUCCCGUCGUUCGUGCUCGGCGACGGGCCGUACCCGACGCUCGCCGUGUUCGCGCUCAGCCAGUUCGCCGACGCGGGGAAGGACGACUGGGUGCUCUUCAACUCGUUCGACGAGCUGGAGAGCGAGGUUUUGGCUGGGUUGUCGACCCAGUGGAAGGCCCGCGCCAUCGGGCCAUGCGUGCCACUUCCCGCCGGCGACGGCGCCACCGGCCGCUUCACCUACGGCGCGAACCUGCUCGACCCGGAGGACACCUGCAUGCAGUGGCUGGACACCAAGCCGCCGAGCUCCGUCGCCUACGUCUCCUUCGGCAGCUUCGCGUCCCUCGGCGCCGCCCAGACGGAGGAGCUCGCCCGCGGCCUCCUCGCCGCCGGCAGGCCGUUCCUGUGGGUGGUCAGGGCCACCGAGGAGGCGCAGCUGCCCCGCCACCUCCUGGACGCCGCGACGGCGUCGGGCGACGCGCUCGUCGUGCGGUGGAGCCCCCAGCUCGACGUGCUGGCGCACCGCGCCACCGGGUGCUUCGUCACGCACUGCGGCUGGAACUCCACCCUGGAGGCGCUCGGCUUCGGGGUGCCCAUGGUGGCGAUGCCGCUGUGGACCGACCAGCCCACCAACGCCCUGCUCGUCGAGCGCGCCUGGGGCGCCGGCGUGCGCGCCCGCCGCGGCGACGCCGACGCCGACGACGCCGCGGGGGGGACGGCGGCGAUGUUCCUCCGCGGCGACAUCGAGCGGUGCGUGCGCGCCGUCAUGGACGGGGAGGAGCAGGAGGCCGCCCGUGCCCGCGCGCGCGGCGAGGCGCGGCGGUGGAGCGACGCCGCGCGCGCGGCGGUGUCCCCCGGCGGCAGCUCCGACCGGAGCCUGGACGAGUUCGUGGAGUUCUUGCGCGGCGGCUCCGGCGCCGACGCCGGCGAGAAGUGGAAGACGCUGGUUUGGGAGGGCAGCGAGGCUGCAGCGUCGGAGAUGUGAUCCGUGAGACGCAUCUCGCGCGAAAUGCGACGUGGAAUGGGAAUCCCGAGGCCGCUGACGUCAGAGUCUCGUAGACUGGUUGAUGAUUAGUUUGUUUUUUUUUCUUUUUUAAUCAAGGAUAAUAAAACAGUAAUUCAGACUUGUGGUUGGUGGAUAAGUUUAUCUCGUCCGGUUGCGUGGUU